AUGCUAAAUUGGUUGGAAGUUGCUAUUGAACAAAAAUAUAUUACAUUAUUUAAGCAUGAUUCUUUUCAGAAUUGGCAAAUAAUUGGUAAAGGAGGGUUUGGUACUGUACAUAGUGCUUAUUCAAGGGAUACUGAAAAAACUGUAGCACUGAAGAGUUUAUAUUACGGUGAUAAUGACAUUUCACUGGAUGACUUUAUUAAAGAA